AUGCAGUUGUCUAGUUACGAUCAUCUAACCACAGAGAAUAUUAUUUUUAAUGAAGCCAAAGAGUAUAAGGUUAAAGAUAGCAAGAUCAAAUACAAACGUAUCCCAAUUGAAGUCAAAUAUCCAAAUGGAAAGAAAGGAGCUUUGGUAAUUGAAACUCCAUUUCUUUUCUCUUUUAGCGUGAAUGAGAAGAAGAACCAAGAAACAAACAAAUUAGUAGGUUAUAGUAUUCCAGUAUGUCUUUGGGCUAAAGAUAGUGAGCCGAAUACUAAAGAAAAAGCAUUUUUUGAAGCUAUUAACAAUAUAACAAAUAUCUCUCAGCAACAUCUAGAAAAUGAAUACGGCGCCUCAACUCUGUCUUCGCCAUUUUAUUACAAACAGGAAGAAUAUACAGAUAAGAAAGGAAAGAAGAAAACAAGAAUAGACCCAUCAUCCGCACCAGUUCUCUACGCAAAACUUAUUUACUCAGAAAAGUCUAAAAAAAUUCUUUCCCUAUUUAAGACAAAGGGAAAGAAAGAUUUAAAUCCUCUUAGAUAUAUUGAUCAGUACUGUAAUGUACGCAUGACACUGAUAAUCGAAGGAAUCUUUAUAAGUAAGACUGUUACAUCUUUACAAAUAAAAGUACAUGAGUGCUAUGUCAAACCAUUAAAACCUCGAGAGUCUUUACUAACAAUUAAAGAGGAAGAUGAGGAGAGAGAUCAAAGUGAGAGUGAAGAAUUAGUUAUCUCUGAUGAAGAAGUAACUGAGUAA